CGGAAACCGCAGAGACUGGUGGGAUGAGCUCCACGCGGGAACAGAAUGUCAAGGAAAAAGACAAAACAAUCAAGCAUCCUCUUAUUCGACACGAGAGGAAAGACCCCUAAAAAGCCCAGAUUAGAGGAGGAAACUGUGCAGGUGAAAGAAGAGGAGACACUGGGGACACUGCAGGUGGAAGAAGAGGAGAAACUGGAGACACUACAGGUGGAAGAAGAGGAGACACUGGAGACACUGCAGGUGGAAGAAGAGGAGACACUGGAGACACUGCAGGUGAAAGAAGAGACACUGCAGGUGGAAGAAGAGGAGACAGUGCAGGUGAAAGAAGAGGAGACACUGGAGACACUGCAGGUGGAAGAAGAGGAGAGGGUGGAAGACACAAAAAAGAUUAAAAAAAAAUCAGGAGCAGCCACUUACAGGACUGCUUUUAAUAAUCAGUGGACCUCUAAAUGGCCAUUUAUUACUGUAGGAAGCACCAGCUCCUAUUACUGGUGCUCUGUCUGCCGCCAAGAGAAGUCCUGUGCCCAUCAAGGUUUGCGGGAUGUGACAAGGCACAUAGAAAGUAAGGCGCACCAGGCAAAACAGCAAGCAAUGAAGUCAACCAGCACAAUCAGAAACUUUGACUUGCCAGAGGCUACAGAAAUGAGUGUCCAAGAGGUCAAGACGAGGAGAGCCGAGGUGAAAGUUGCCGUAGCAAUGGUUCAACACAGUGUCCCUUUUGCUGUGGCUGACCAUUUCAGCCCCUUGUACAGGGAAUGUUUCAGAGACUCUCCCACAGCUCAAAAUUUCAAGAGUGCCAGCACAAAAACUACCUGUAUCAUUAAUGAAGUGGUUGCACCACACUACAAGAACGAGCUGGUGAUGAAGAUGAGGGAAAAUCCCUUUACACUGGUCACGGAUGGCUCAAAUGACACAGGACUUGAGAAGAUGAACCCGCUAACUGUCAGGGUAUUUGACACCACCAAAGUUGUCCACAGAUUUCUGCACAUGUGCACAAGAAGUGGAAGAAGCUGUGGCACAGCUGAUGUCAUAUACAAAGAAAUCCACAGUGUCCUAAAAGAGAAUGAAAUACCCUGGAAAAACUGUGUUGGCCUGUCAGUUGGUAACGCCCCAGUCAACAUCAGUGCCGAAAAUUCAAUCGCAGCAAAAAUGCUUCAGGAAAACCCCAACAUUUACAUUCAUGGAUGUCCCUGCCAUAUCAUCCAUAACACUGCCAAACAGGCAGGCGAGAGAUUUUUUGAUAUAUCUGGAUUUGACACGGAGGACCUCGUGGUUGACAUUGGAUAUUGGUUUAAGGGCAGCACGAACCGCAAAGGCUAUUUGAAAGAAUUUUGUGAACUCCACAGCAGUGAGUACAUGGAAAUGCUGCUGCACAUUUCUGCGAGGUGGCUGAGUUUGGAGACGUGCGUCACUCGAAUUCUGCAGCAAUAUGGCCCACUCACCAGUUACUUCAAAUCUUUAAAUGAGAGACAACCAAGGUUCAGAAGGCUGGUGGAGGCGUUUUCCAGUCCACUGACGGAGGUCCACCUCCUGUUCUUCCAGGCCACAUUGCCAGUGUUCUCUGCGCUGAACUUCCUUCUCCAGAGAGAAAAGGCUUCUAUAUUCCAGCUGUACGAAGAGAUGAUGAAAUUCAUUAAGAAACUCUGUUCGAGGUUCAUGGAACCAGCAGCACUGCAAGGAGAAGUCAGUGAGAUCCCCUACAAGGAUCCACUGCAGCAGCUGCCAGGAGAAAAACUCAAUGUGGGAUUUACAACUAGAGCCACACUCGACAGGCUCCUCGAGGCUGGAGAGGUCACACCAGAGAAGGCACAGCAGUUUCAGCAGGCAGCACUGGCCUUCCUGGUCAGAGCUGUGGAGUACGCCAUGGAUACGCUCCCGUUGGAAGAUGCUCUCCUGAAGCAUGCAAGAUUUCUUGAUGUGCAGCUCAGGGCCGAGUGUGGGGUGGAAGACGCCCUCUACUUUGUAGACAGAUAUCCGGAACUCCUUCCUUUUCAUGACCCAAAGGAACAGGACCAAAUAAGGCAAGAGUUUAUGGAAUACCAACUGAUGGACAUCGCCAUGCCGCAGGACCCAACAUCCUUUGACGUUGAGGAGUUUUGGGGGAAAAUGUCCUCAAAAAAGAACACAGUGACUGGCUUGAACCAGUUUGAGAGGCUAUCAAAGAUCGCAACCCUGGUUUUAGUGCUUCCUCAUUCAGACGCUGAUGCCGAGAGGGUAUUAUCAAUGGUCGGGCUGAACAAAACCUCCCAACGAAACAGCUUGUCUCUGAACGGGACGUUGGCCUCCAUCAUGACCCUGAACAUGGCUGGACUUGAGCCGAACUGUUUUAAGUGGGAGCCAACAACCCAAAUGAUCAAGGACUCCAAAAAGGCAACAAACACUUACAACAAACAACACCAGUCUUAAUCUUUCUCUCUCUCUCCUCUCCUCUCUCACACACACCUUCACAUAUUCUGUACACAGAUAUCAGAUAUUGAAUAAAGACUUUUGUAUUUCUGUAUUUGCUUGAACUGUCAAUGCCUUGUCAUCCUUUGUAACAUUAUAUAAUAUUAUACAUUAUUAAUAAAAGACCCCCCAUGGUGGGUGGGGCGGUGGGGGGUCACUCUACCUCACCCUGUGUAACAGACUUAUUUAUCUGUUACAACACAUAUCCAUAGCUGGUAAGCUUUGCUGUUUUACUUCGAUAUAUUUUUUAAAAUAUAUAGU